UUUUCUUUUUGUUGACAAGUAUAUAAUGGGUCUGAACAGUUAGCUGGUAGAAGUCUUUGUUUGUUACCACGUCAAAAUGUCUUGCUUGUAUUGGAGUCACGUUGAAUCUUAAUAUUUGAGGGAAAAUAUUAGUUAUAGGAGUUUUUGAAAGUUUUCAAGACUCUUUUUUUUUUUUCCCUCCAACUUUUUCUUUCUUUUUUCUUGAAGUCCAAAGAGGCCUAACAGGGGGAAAAAGUCCUCACCGGGUUUUCAUUCAUCUUAGAAACAGUCUACUUUGAACGUGGCAAUCAUGGUGUUGAUUCUAGGCAGACGAAUGAACAGAGAGGAUUCUGGGAUCAGAGACUCUCCUGCUGUCAAGCGCAAGGUCUUUGAGGUUGAUUCCAAAAGCUUAUCCAGUCAGGAUGUACUGGACUUCUGCUCUGGGGCGUCCCACUCUGAAGGCAUCCUGCAAGUGUUCAAUGAGUUCCGUGACUGCCGCCUGUUCACAGAUGUGGUCAUCAGCGUUCAGGGCCGUGAGUUUCCCUGUCACCGCGCUGUGCUGUCUGCGUGCUCCUCCUAUUUCAGAGCUAUGUUCUGCAAUGACCACCGUGAAAGCCGCGAGAUGCUAGUAGAGAUUAAUGGUAUCCUCGCUGAAGCCAUGGAUUCAUUUCUGACCUACGUUUACACAGGCCGCGCCAAGAUUACAACUGAGAAUGUGCAGUUCCUCUUUGAGACGUCCAGCCUCUUCCAGAUCUAUACUCUACGUGAUGCUUGUGCUAAGUUCCUUGAAGACCAACUGGACCCAUGCAACUGCCUGGGCAUACAGCGCUUUGCAGAUGCCCACUCCUUGAAGCAGCUCGCCAGCCGCUGUCGCAGCUAUGCCCUGGCCAACUUCUCCGAGGUGGCUCAGCAUGAGGAGUUUUUAGAUCUUCACAAAGAAGAGCUGGAGGAGUACAUUGCCAGUGAUGAGCUGUCCAUUGGGAAGGAGGAGGUGGUGUUCGAGGCAGUCAUGCGCUGGGUCUACCACUGUGCUGAGCACAGGAGGCCCAUGCUCAAGGACCUGCUGCACCAUGUGCGUCUGCCACUUCUGCACCCAAACUACUUUGUCCAGACAGUGGAGGGAGACCAGAUCAUUCAGAAUGCCCCAGAGUGCUACCAGCUUCUCCACGAGGCCAGGCGCUACCAUGUGCUUGGAAAUGAGAUGAUGUCACCAAGAACCCGCCCACGCAGGUCGACUGGGUUCUCUGAGGUGAUUGUUGUGGUUGGAGGUUGUGAGAGGGUGGGAGGCUUCAAUCUGCCCUACACUGAGUGCUUUGAUCCAGUCACAGGAGAGUGGAAGUCACUGGCCAAACUGCCAGAGUUCACCAAGUCUGAGUACGCAGUCUGUGCUCUGCGCAAUGACAUUCUGGUUUCAGGCGGGCGCAUAAACAGCAGAGAUGUGUGGAUGUACAACUCACAGCUCAACCUUUGGAUCCGAGUGGCCUCACUAAACAAAGGUCGCUGGAGACACAAGAUGGGGGUUCUCCUGGGCAAGGUGUAUGCUGUGGGGGGCUAUGACGGCCAGAGCCGCCUGAGCAGUGUGGAGUGCUACGACUCUUUCUCCAACCGCUGGACUGAGGUGGCUCCUAUGAAGGAGGCCGUCAGCUCUCCAGCCGUGGCCAGCUGUGCGGGGAAGCUUUAUGUGAUUGGAGGAGGGCCAGAUGACAACACCUGUUCAGACAAGGUCCAGUGCUAUGAUCCAGAGUCUAACACAUGGCUGCUACGAGCUAACAUACCAAUCGCCAAGCGCUGCAUCUCAGCGGUCUCUCUGAACAACGUCAUCUACGUUUCUGGGGGCCUGACCAAGUCCAUAUUCUGCUAUGAUCCCAAAGAGGAUUACUGGAUGCAUGUAGUUCACACCUUUAACAAACUGGAGAGCUGUGGCAUGUCUGUGUGUAAUGGCAAGAUCUUUAUCCUUGGAGGCAGAGAGGAAAAUGGUGAAGCAACAGACACCAUUUUGUGUUAUGACCCUUCAACAGGCAUCAUCACAGGAGUGGCAGCCAUGCCCCGGCCCAUCUCUUACCAUGGUUGUGUAACCAUUCACCGGUAUAAUGAGAAGUACCACAAGCCAUAGCUGAAAAUCUGACCUAAACAAGCACAUGCUCUCACUCAAAAGCACACACUAGACUCUUCAAAAUGCCAGAACCACUGAGAUAUUAUGUAUUCAUACAGCAUCAUGUAGCAGUACUGAAAGAGGUGCUGUUGAAUUGUACUCUUUCAUCGUCAGUGGUUCAGGACAAUAAUCUUAUUAAGUUAUAGCUUUGGAUGUGUAACUGCACAAGAUUACUAAGUAACAAAAAAUACAUAACACUAUGAUAACUACACUUUAAUUAGCCUUAAUAGAGCUUGAAGAAAGACUAAAUUCAUAAUGAACAAAUAGUUUAUUAAGAAUGAUACAGACUUAGUGACUAUUUUUAGUGAUCUCAGUGACGAUUUUUAGUAUAUGGACAAUCCAUUUGAAAACUCAGAACCUCCAGCCUCACUGAGGCUCAGAGGCUGCACUGUCUCCAAUUAAUGAUUAGUUGCAGAAGCUGGGGUUUAGAUUGUGAGGAUUCAGAUCAGAAAUAGAUUAAAGGUAAUGAUCUUUUUAGGUUUAAACAAGAUUUCAGCAUUGAAACAGGAAAGCCAAAUGAGAGACUUAUGGGACCAUUCAUUUGACCACUUUUACUUCAUAUCUGGGAACACCGUUUGGUCAUGUUUUUUAAAUUGAAUAUACUAAACACUAUACUACUUAUAUACUAUCCCUUUAAUUAAUACCCUAACUCCUAAACCUAAUGCCUUAAUUAAGUAGUUACUAACUGUUCUUGAUAAAUGGUUUGUUCAUUGUGAAUUAAGUCUUUGUUCAUGCUUUAUUAUGGCUAAUUAAAGUAUAGUUGUUAUAGUGGCUGCUAAAAAUCAAGUGUUAUCAGGUAUUCUAACUAAAUAUUGCCCAUCAUUGGGUAGUAAAACAACUUUAACCUAUUAAAAUAUAGUUACUGAAUUACAUUGAAUUACGUUUAUGUCAUGAUCAAAUAUUGAUUGAAAAUAAUGUUCAUAAUGACCAAAGAUUGUGGUUGGCAGUCUAUAACCUGCUUUUCCACAUUUAUGUUUAAAAUCAACUCUUUUGUCUAUGCCAUUCAGUUACACUUCCCAUGCAGUUUCACAUUGACUGUUUAUGCUGUAUCUCCAAUGAUUUAUAUUUUUAUAUGUUAUCAUUAUUGAUAUUAUAACAUGUUUUCUCUUUAAUUUUUAAGUUAUAUUUUGUAUAAUUGAAUGUUAUUAUAUUUUACCUGACAGUAGAAUUAGUAAGUAUGCCUGUUUUAUGUAACAGUCUAAUUGUAUUGGUGUAUGGUAUUGCGGGUUGUUUGUUAGUUCAUAGGCCAUAGCAGAUCAAAACCCAAAGACUGCUCUGAAAAAUGUGUGUACCUGUUUGAAUUGAUGUGGUGGAUGGUUGUGACUUUUGUGACUUGUUGGAGUGGAUGAGUUGGGGUGUAGCCGUAGCAUGACUGCACUGUUAACAGCCUGGUUAAAUACUUGGCUGUCAACAGUUUCCUCUGACGCUGGCACCGGUCAUCUUUAGAUGUAACCCGGGGUAACCGCUGAUACCUCCAGUUGUGUAUGUUGGAUUGCAUGUUUACUUGUCAGCUAACAGUGAUGUGAUUUAUACCUCACUCCAGAUGCGAACAACAACUCAACUGAAAGGCUUUAUAGAUGGCUCAUGGUCAGUAAAAGUCACCUUUUUGCGGUGUUGCUAGAUUAGAGAUAUUGCUGUGAAUAUAUAUGAUUUUUAUAAUUUUUUUUACAUAUACUUCAAGUGUACUUCCUUUUUUACGUUUGUGUCUUUCUGUGAGAGCCCCAGUUGUGCACUUUGACAGAAUCAUGUUAAAUGUUUAAUAGUGUGGCAAUUAUUUAAGUUUCUUUGUAAUUUGGUUUACUGUAUCAGUAAAAAAUGCCUUAUUUUAUUUGUGUAAAACAGGACCUGCCACCUCAUCUUGUUUUGGCCAUUGUGCUGUAGUAUACUGGUUUUUCAGCCACAGCCUUUAAGACAUUCUUAUCCACAAAAAGCUGGGACCGCAAAGCCAGGAUUUGACUGUCAUACAGGCUUGUAUGACAUAAUGGUUCUUUAUUGGUCCAAAGUCUGUCAGUUCAGAAACACAACAGCAAACCUAUGCUAUGCAGGCUUAUGAAAAUAGCUUCACUGAGCAGCUAAUAGUCAACAAGCAUUCCCGAGAAUGCAUAGCUUUAUGAAUCUGGUUUUAUCCAGGGGGCCAGCAAAAUGUGGUGGCAUGAUGUAGAGCUUCAUAGAAGGAAAUAGUUAGGGUGAUAAUUAGACAGUUCAAGUGUAUGUGUGUGCGUACUGUGCACAUGUAUAAUUUCACUGAAAGGACGUGUUAUUUUGUUGAUUGUUUUUGUUAUAAUCAUAGAGGCUCUCAUAGUCUACAUUACUCCUUGUUUUGUACCAGUUUAACAGUUGUUAUUAUUUUUUGGUUGCUUGUUGCGGUGAGUUUGGAAAUGUGUGUGACAGAUUUUUAAACCCAAAAUAAUGAGCAUGCCUAAAUUAAAACGACAGUGUGAUUUAUAUUGGAAAAAAUUAAAUGAUCUAAAAACUAAUUAAGCCAAAGUAUAAUCAAUUCUGUGCUAUAACAUGCUCUAUACUUACAUUAAAAAGUGUAUUAAAUAUUUUCUUGUAUGCCUUAAUUAACAGUAGUCCAUUGAUUUUGAAAAGAUUCAUUUAAAAUGUUUUGUCUUUUUGGGGGAUUUUCAUUGUUUCAUCUGACCUUGAAUGCUGUGUACAAAAGAGAACAUGGAUGAUGCAGUGGUGUGUAUUGAAAAUAAAGUUUUCUAAACUAC